AUGCGUUUCUCCCUGAUCUCCUUCCUCUCUCUCGUCGGUGCCGGCAUGGUGUCCGCUCGUCCCUCCGAGGGCGCUAUGCUCGCCAAGCGCAGCGACACUGAGACCAAGGUCAAGGAGGCUGCCGCAGCUCUGGCUGGUAACAAGGUCGAGGAUGAAUCCGAAACCUCGGAGUGUGUCGGACCCCUGCUUUGCUGUGGUUCCCUUACUACUCCUCUGGAUCACAUCGUGGAUCCUAUCCUGGAGGACCUUGGCAUCAAUGCCGCCAACAUUGUCGGAUCAAUUGGCCUGCUUUGCGACCCAUAUGAGGCUUCCAUCUGCGAUUCGGCUCCUCAGUGCUGCACUGAGGCCAACCUACUGGGUGGUACUCUUGCUCUCGGUUGCUGGAGUAAAUUCGAUACCUUUGGGAUUCCAGAACGGUAA